AUGUCACCAUCCUGUGCGAUCAAAUCGAAACAAUCUUUAGAUCAGACCAAGUCGAAAUCGAAGUGUUUCAAAGAUAAUCAAAAGCCAAGAAUAAAAGAUUCUAUGGCAACGAAAGAAAUGAAAAAAGAGAAUGAUGAAAGCGUAUAUAUUGACUUAGAUUUACAAUGCUGCUGUCCACAAUCACAACUCAACAACAACGCAUCCAUUCAGUUUUCUCGCCGUUAUCUUCAAUGUCAGAGUUCAAUGCCUGUUGCUAUUCUUCGAUCAUAUAUACAACUCAUUCUACCACAUUCUUCCAUGACACAAGUGACAUUCUAUGAUUCUCAACAUCGACUUCUACAUGAUCAACAGCUUCUUUCUUCACUCCAACCACCACCUUCUUCUUCUUCCUCUAUACAUAUUCCGAUUCGAUUCUCACUGUUCAACACUAUCACCUCUCUUGCUCACUGCUCAUGUUCAUCGUCGACUCCAACUCUACCGCCGUCGAUAUCUUCGUCAUUCUCGUCUCCCACUGUCAUCAGACGUGAAACCAUCGAUCAAACUCUCUCCACUUGUUCGUCACUUCACCAUCCAUCGUCGAUGAUUUAUUCUCCUUGUUUGUCAUCAUCAUCAGCAUCAGUGUCAUCUCCGCCAACUCUCUCGGCAUCAUCGUCAGGCUCGAUCUCGAUUGUGAAUCUUCUCACUCCACCACCGUCGUCAUCGUCAUGUCACUCGUCGACUGUGAACGAGCACGAUUCGAGCAGUGCUGCUGCUGCGAUUACUGAUCAGGCAAUAAUCGACGAAAUCACAUCACAGUUCGGUGAAAUCUGCCCACCAGUAGUAAAGAAGAAUCGAAAUCGUUUGUCGAAGAAGACAGUGGCGAAGAUAUCGUCGAAUGUUCCACUUGAUUUGAUGAUUAAAUCAACGAACACCAUGAAGCAACCUGAUGAAGAAGGAACUGAAGCCACCGUACCAAUUACAAGCCCAUUACUACCAUCAAAUACGGAACCGUUAACGCGUCAGAGAUCCUCAUCUUCAUCGUCGAGCUCAAAAACCAGCGAAUGUCCAGAUAUAUGUCGAAUAUGUCAUUGUGAAAGUACACCAGAUGAACCAUUAAUAUCUCCAUGUUUAUGUUUGGGCACAAUGCAAUAUUUACACCAAGCAUGUUUACAACGUUGGAUCAAAAGUGCAGGAGUUAAGUCGUGUGAAUUGUGUAAAUUUGAAUUCAUCAUGCGUUCGGAAAUUAAACCAUUCAAUCAGUGGCAAAAAUUGGAUAUGAAUGUCGUUGAAAGACGGAAGAUAAUGUGUUCAGUUGCAUUUAAUCUAAUCGCAGUUACUUGCGUUCUGUGGUCAUUCUAUGUUCUAAUCGAGAAAACACGAGAAGAAGUGAAACAAGGAAAACUUCAUUGGCCAUUUUGGACAAAAUUAAUCGUCGUAGCAAUUGGAUUUACCGGAGGAUUAGUAUUUCUCUAUGUACAAUGUAAAAUGUAUCUUCAGUUAUGUAUCCGUUGGAGACAAUUCAAUCAACGCAUCAUCAUACAUUCAAUCAGUGAUCAACGUCAACAUGGCGUGUCCUUGCCAUCUGAAAUGAAAGGUUUAAAUAAUAAUAACAAUAAUGGUAAUUGUAUCAUAACAGUAUUGGAUGCAAAUGAUUUACCACCAUUGAAUUCCAAUACUUCGUCAGCGGCAAUGAACAGCAAUACAUCAACAGAUCUGAAUUCCUCUCAAGUAUCGAUCAAUCGCAAUCGACGAUUUGAAGGCAAUCGUAAUGUUUUACGUCGGUUUUUAAUCUUUCAUCGUUCGGAUCAAAUUCAACACUGA